AUGGCAAUUCGACUGGUGAACUCUUUUAAAUACGCCAGAGUUGCACAAGCACCACUUUGGUUCACAACAAGAGCACUUUCGACCAAUUCAUCCAAAUAUACGCAAAAGUUGCGUGAAAGAGCGGAAGAGCAAGGCCUAACUAUAUCGCAGCUUCUUGAAAAGGUUAGAGCGGAUGAAGGGAAGAGACGAAAGGAAGAGGCAGAAAAGUUGAAAGCGGCUACUGCUCUGCUGCGUCCUAAACCUGCUUUGCCUGCCUCAACCACAUCUGGCACAGCAGAUAAAGUUAAGACUCAACUGACCGAGAGAAAGGACGCAGCACCUUUUAAACCUCUAUCUAGUAUUUUGAAUGUCUCGCGUAUACUUGCGACCCCUCAUACACCCGAGCAAAUAACUGCGCUAUGGACAGCAUACCAUGCUACACGUUCAGGCGGUACGGGUCGGGGAUACGUCUGUGCAUCUAUCCCGCUGGAUAUGUUCUACACGAUGAUGAAGACAGGCCGCCAGUACCCGACGUUUAUACUACCCUUGCCUCGCGAGCAGCCUGCCGAUCCCACCGUGCCGCCGCCCGCCCCAGGUGAACACAAUGUUGCGCAUGAAUUUUAUUUCAUGCAGUGGGAUUUCCAUGCGCCUCCGGAGGUCCCUUCGGCGUCGGAAGACCCGUUUACGAAACCGGGGCAAAGCUUUGCAGAAGUUUCGAAUCCUGCCGCCGCGACUGUACUGUUCACGCCGCUACAGGAGUAUAAACUGCGCGGUGCAUUUUCGACGCCGUAUCUCGUGCUGACGAUGUAUACCGACUUGGCGGCGACGCACAGCGUUAUUCUGAUGCGCGGCGAAAUUACCCCUUCAACUACUGGUGUUGACAGGUACAUGUUGAAUCAAGAGGAUGCUCAGAUUUUGGCUAUGUCAUUACAAAAGUUCUAUCUUUGGAACAACGAUGGCAAGGACGAUGGUGAACGGUUGCUACGCACAUUCCAUGAAAAGCCGGAGGAAUUCAAGUGGCAAGAGCUACUUGAUUUUUCAAAGUUGACUGUUUAA